AUGUCUGGGCCUUCUUCUGAUUUAGACACCUUCUGCAAUAUCCUUUCUCAAUGCAAAUGUCUGGCAAUCUUAACAGGAGCUGGUUUGAGCGCAGGCUCUGGUGUACCAACAUAUCGCGGUGUCAAUGGGCAAUGGACUAAAAUUAAUCCUAUGGACGUCGUUUCACUUCAAGCUUUUACUGAUAACCCAGGUCGAGUAUGGGCAUUCUUUCAUCCCAAGCGCGAUGCAUGCAUCAAAGCCCAACCUAAUGCGGCUCAUCACGCCCUUGCUUCCUUCUCCAUUUCCUCUGUUCGUCGAAAAUUACUCCCUAAUCUCAUAGAUCAGACAAAACCUCCAUUGUACAUCACUCAGAACUUUGACGGGCUUUGUAGGCGUGCUCUUGAUACUGCGCUUGAUAAUGCAGAAAAGGGUGGCGAGAUAUUAGACAAGGACACCCGACAAGCAGCUCACGAACGUCUCAUCGAGAUUCAUGGCUCAUGCUAUCGCUUCCUUUGUACACAAUGUAAAGCAUUGAAGACCAGAUUCGACACACCUUUGGCAGACAUAUUCGCGAACGAGGACGUAGUAGAGCAGGCAAAGAAUGGCGGAUACACGAUAGUUGUUGAUCAACUACCUAGGUGCGGUGGCUCUCAAUGGUCGGGAUCGAAUAGGUAUGGACAAUGUGGCGGACUUCUCAGGCCCGCUGUGACUUGGUUUGGCGAGAUUCCCGAAGGUCAGGGUGAAGUUGUGCGCAAUCUCACCAAGGUAGAUGUCUUGCUCGUCAUUGGCACUACUUCGCUGGUUCAUCCCGCCGCAUCCUAUGCCGCUACCGUAAAGAAGAACGGAGGUAUUGUUGCAGUCUUUAACCUUGGUGAAACCCACGGAGAUGACAAGGCAGACUUUGCAUUUUAUGGUCCGUGCGAGGAGACCAUUCCGAAAUUGCUGGAACGCCUAGCCGAACUGAACGCUGCAUAA